AUGGACACACCGACAGAGACGGGCGCUGUGGUGCAGGGAUCUGAGCAGGUCCGGAUCGGAGCUGGACUCGAUCCUCGCCUCAUCGACGAGUACGACGGGAGCGGCGACGUCGUCGAAUGGCACACGCAGGCGUCACUGCUCUGUGAGUAUCGCGGUGUGUCGGCGGCGGAGGUGUUGCCCAUGCGGCUGAAAGGUGGUGCUUUCGCCGUGUGGUCACAGCUGUCCGCGGUGGACCGCCGGUCAGCAACGGCGACACGAGACGCCUUGUUUAAGGCGUUCGCCAUGGACGACUUCGCGGCUCACACAGCAUUCGUCGCACGUCGGCUAGAGCCGGGGGAGAGCGCUGAUGUCUUCCUGGCGAGUCUGCGCCGCUAUGCUGCCCUGUUCGGCGGCGUGACGGACCGACAGCUGGUAGCUGCUUUCGUCAACGGUCUGCCGGCGUCCGUGGCGGACACAAUCCGAGCAGGAACCAGUGGGACGGCCAAAGUCACCAUGGAGUGCCAAGGCAAACGAGUGACGCUCGCAGCCUUUGUCGUGCCUGAUCGUCCAUUGGGAGUGGACAUGGUGCUGGGCAUGUCGGGCAUCACGGCCCUAGGUGGCAUCAGCCUGAGGACGCCGACAGACGUGCGGAUCUGUGCGGCGGCGGCGGCUGAGGUCGACCCCCAGGGGCUGGCGCUGGAUGCAGCAGACUUCUCGGCCCGGUUCGAGGCACAAACUGGAGAGUGGACGGUGGCAUGGAAGUGGGCAGACGGGGAAGGCCCGGAGUAUCUGCAGAACCAGGUCGCCCAGUAUGCCGUGCCGCCGGAAGCCCGAUCAGCAUAUGACGCAGAGCUGGAGCUGUGGAUCCGGGAAGGAUGGCUGCAGCCGUACGACGAGCGGGUGGAUGGCCCAGUCCGAGGUUUAAUCCCUCUGAUGGCGGUCCCGCAGCCAAAUCAGGACAAGGUGAGGCCUGUCCUGGACUACCGUGAGCUGAAUGGUCACAUAAUCGCACACACUGCAGAUGCGGACGUUUGCGCCGAUCAGCUUCGUCGCUGGCGGCGGCAUGGCGCUCGCAUUGCUGUAGUGGACUUGCGGAAGGCGUACCUUCAGCUCCGGUUGGAUCGGCGGCUGCGACCGUACCAGACGGUGGAGGUGCGAGGUCAGAGAUACUGCCUGACUCGCAUCGGAUUCGGCCUGAGCAUCGCACCGGCUGUCAUGAAGGCCGUGGUAAGAGCCGUCCUGCUCCAGGAUGAAGUGGUGGCCCGAGGAGUGCUGCCUUAUGUGGACGAUCUCCUGGUGGACGAAGAAAUCGUCAGCGCGGACCACGUGGUGGAGCACUUCGCCCGGUACGGCCUGGACUGCAAGCCGCCGGAGCGGGCGGCGGAGGGAGCACGGCUGCUCGGACUGCGGGUGAGUGCGGUCGCUGGAGAGCUGUGCUGGCGUCGUGACAACCCAGUGCCGGCGCCCCCGGAAGUGCUGACGCGUCGGGCUGUGUUUGCUUGGUGUGGUCAGCUGGUGUCCCAUCUGCCAGUGGUGGGAUGGCUGCGACCAGCGGCCGCGUGGCUCAAACGGCGCGUCAAUGCUCUAACAGCAGGAUGGGACGACCCAACAGAGGACGUGGGGCUGCGCGGGCAGGUCGAUCAUGUCGUGGCCCGACUGAACGACAGUGACCCGGCUCGAGGCCCAUGGCGGCUGAAGGGGGACAAGUUGGUGGUCUGGACGGACGCUAGCUCUAUCGCUGCCGGCGUCGUCCUGGAGGACCCCGAGGGUGGCGUCGUGGAGGAUGCGAGCUGGCUGCGGCCUGAGUCGAAGGCGGCGAUGCACAUAAACAUGGCUGAACUGGACGCGGCGCUCAGCGGCGUGAACAUGGCGAUCGCCUGGGGCAUCACCAUCAUCGAUCUCUGCACGGACGCGGCUACGGUCCACAAAUGGAUCGAUGACGCCCUGACCGGCCGCUCGCGCCUGCGGACGAAGGCACACGGGGAGAUGCUCAUCCGCCGGAGGAUCGACGUCAUCCGUCAGCUGGUGGAGGAGUUCAACCUGAGGCUGACAGUCGUCCUGGUGAAGUCCGCAGACAACCUGGCGGAUGCACUGACUCGUGUGCCAAAGGAGUGGCUCCGAACACCGGACCCAGAGCCUGCCGCACGGCCGGUGGCUGCCGCGGCAAUCGCGGACCCACGGCCAGAUGUCGACCCCGCACGGAUACGCGCCGUGCACGAGAGUACUGGACAUCAGGGAGUCCGUCGGACCCUCUGGUACGUGCGGCGGAAUGAAGACGCCCGUGUCACCCGGUCGGCAGUGCGCGCCGUGAUCCAACAGUGUGAUGUGUGUCAGUCCAUUGACCCAGCACCGGUACGUUGGCAGCAAGGGUCACUGAGUGUGCCGCUGACGUGGGAACGGCUGGCGAUCGACGUUACGCACUACCGGGAACGGUCCUAUCUGACUGUUAUUGAUUGUGGACCAUCCCGGUAUGGAAUUUGGCGACUACUGCGCCGGUCAGAUGCGGCUGAGGUGACGAACCAGCUGGAAAACAUCUUCCUGGAAAGAGGCGCGCCUGCAGAGCUUUUGCUGGACAACGCCACGGAGUUCCGCAGCCGUCGGAUGGCGGCAUUCGCCGCGCGGUGGGGCGUCCGGCUGCGCUUCCGGGCGGUGCACGAGGCGGGCGGCAACGGCAUCGUCGAGCGCCACCAUCGGACAGUCAAGGUGAUGGCAGCCCGACAAGGCUGUACAAUCGGGGAAGCAGUGCACCGCUAUAACGCCACGCCUCGUGACGGGAUGCAUCCUAGCAGCGCUCCUGCAGCAGGUGUCUUCCAGCGCGCUGGCCACGACCUCCCGCUGAACAUCGACGAACCCGGCCGAGCGGUGUCCGAAGUGGACGAUGGCCUCCAGAGUGCACGCAAAGCGUUCCGGGUCGGUGACGCCGUGUGGAUACGCCGCCGAGGUCAGCCGACGCGGUGCACGGACGUGUCGCGGCGGGGCGUGGUGACCCGACUGUUACCGGCACCACUGGUGGAGGUGGAUGGUGCCCCGUGGCAUGUGCGCUGCGUCCGACGACGGUUUGAGGAGGUUGGCGACACAGACAGUAUGAGUGACUGUGAGUCCGAACCUGAAGACUGCCUAUCAGAGAUCAGGACGCUGCGGCUGCACGAGAAGCCGUCUGGUUCGGUGUCGGGGACGGGACAGGACACUGACCCCCCGCCUCCCGAGCCGCCCGAUACGGGAGCACCGGUGGAGACGAGUGAAGAUGCAGCUGACGUUCCGAGUGAGACGUUCAGCGGUGCACGGGAGGACGCUCAGAGUGAUACCUUUAUUCCCGUUGAACUAUGUUCGUAA